AUGGACUCCACAGAAUACGAAGACUUUGAGCAUCCAGACUUGUCUGUGGCAGCUGUACGCGAAUUCGUCGAUUCUUCAGACCUAGGCACGGAGGCCAAUCCUAUCGUGAUCGAAGACGAUCCUGCUCCGCUAGGCUCGGAAUCUAAUCCUAUCGUGAUCCACGUCGAUGAGCAUCGCAGCUAUUCUGAGACUGAGCAACUUAGUUCUGAUGGAGACACGGAAACCAUCUCAGAGUCUUCAUGGGAGCGACACGUUGACAUAGCUGGUCGUUCGACCCCUAUCCCAGUGCCCACCCAAUUCUCGGCCUGCAAAGACCCGGAAGAGCCGCAAGCUUCCGGGCAAUCAUCCGUAAAUCACCUCCACCUAGAUGGCCAAAACCUGGAAAUGGCCAGGAAUCGUUUCUAUGUCGAGCACAGCCCUAGUCACGAGUAUGGAAAGGGCAAAAAUGCAAAGCAGCGAAGGAGCGAGCAAGGAGAUGCUUUGAAAGUAGAGAAACCAGCAAAAGGCCUCAGCUUACUUGAAACCGUGGUUCCCAGUGACUCAGUGGGAUUAAAGAAACGUAAGUCAUUACAUGACGAAGAAAGUAAGGUCCGACGAUCAGAUCGCUUGGUGAAAAGGGCUAUGCACUGA